UGUCUGUCAAACAAAAAGAAGAAGAAGCAGGAAGUUGUUGUCAACACUGGUCGUUCCGUCUGUAGUUUUAUAGUAAAUGUGUUUAAUUUACUGUUCAGUUCAUGUUUAAAGAGUUAUAUAUAUUCAGAUAUCAGCAUGGCGGCGGUGGACGUGGAGGACGAGAGCAUCCUGGCGUCCAUUUUUAAGGACAGCUUCCCGGACAGCUGGAGGGAGAACCCGGACUUCACGGCCUACCUGUCCGAGCUCAGCUCCUUCAGCCUGGACACGCUGCUCCGGGAGCCGGAGCGGCUGGCUGAGGAGCGGGCCCAGAUCCUGCAGCAGACCCGGGAGCUGGCCUUCUCCAACUACCAGACCUUCAUCCGGACCGCGGACUGCACCGAGACCACGUACCGGGACUUCGGCCGCGUCGAGAGCAGCGUGGUCCGGGUUCUGGACAAGCUGCCCCGGUUCAGGGAGAGGUGCAGAGUCUUCAUGAAGGAGGCGGAGGAGAUUGGAGCGAGCCGGCGGAUGAACAGCCUGACGCUGAACCGUCACACGGAGAUCCUGGAGAUCCUGGAGAUCCCGCAGCUGAUGGACACCUGCGUCAGGAACGGGUACUACGAGGAGGCGCUGGAGCUGGCAGCAUAUGUCAAGAGGCUGGAGAAGAAGCACUCCACGCUGCCUGUCAUCCAGGGGAUCGUGCGUGAGGUCCGUCAGUCGACGCAGCUGAUGCUCAACCAGCUGCUGCAGCAGCUGCGCAGCAACUCUCAGCUGCCUGUCUGCCUGCGUGUGAUUGGCUACCUGCGCAGGAUGGACGUGUUCACGGAGGCGGAGCUCCGGGUGAAGUUCCUGCAGGCGCGGGGCACGUGGCUGCACUCCAUCCUCGCUGCCAUCCCCGAGGACGACCCCUACUUCCACAUCACCAAAACCAUCGAGGCGUGCCGCGUGCAUCUGUUCGACAUCGUCACCCAGUACAGAGCCAUCUUCUCUGACGAGGACCCGCUGGUGGCGCCCGCCAGCGGCCAGGCGGUGGUCAAUGAGGCCGCCAUCUUCCACGGCUGGGUGGUGCAGAAGGUGGCGGAGUUCCUGGAGACGCUGGAGCGCGACCUGCAGCGUGGCGUGGGUGGCCGGCUGGACUCGCUGCUGGGCCAGUGCAUGUACUUUGGCCUGUCCUUCAGCCGGGUCGGCGCCGACUUCCGCGGGCAGCUGGCACCGAUGUUCCAGCGAGUGGCGGCGGAGGCGUUCCGCAGGGCGGUGCAGGAGGCGGUGGACAAGUUCCAGGAGGACAUGAACCUGUACACGCUGAUCGCCCUGCCCUCCGUGCUCGGCGGGACCAUCCCACCGCCAGCGCCCGGCACGCAGCCCGGCACGCUGCAGCCGCCCAUGGCGCUGCUCGACUUCCAGCCGCUCGCCUGCUUCCUCAACAACCUGCUGACGGCCUUCAAUGACCUGCGGCUCUGCUGCCCCGUCGGGCUGGCGCAGGACGUAACCGCCUGCCUGCAGGACGGCCUGAAGAUGGUGACUCGGCAGAUCCUGGUGUUCCACCGUGCCGAGGAGUCGGCGUUCAGCAGCAGAGAGAAGGAGCUCUUCGUCCAGUUCUGCUGCUCGUACGCUGAAGAUCUGCUGCCGUUCCUGAACCGCUGCCUGCAGCUUCUGUUCCCCCCGAACCAGCUCGCCCUCAUCCUGGGUGUUCCUGUGACUCAGCUGCAGCGGUACGGCAGUCUGGGCUGCAUCGACCUCGCCGCCGUCCUGCAGCCGCUGGACUUUAUCCUUCCGCAGAGAGAGACGGUGACGCCGGCGGUGACAGCUGAGCCGGAGCUCGACCUCGGCGCCGAGCUGAGCGGUCUGACGUUUGAACCCAAAGAGGCGGGAACAGAUCAGGAUGCCACAGAGGACACGGAGCAUCUCGAUGUCAGAGCGUCCGAGCAGACGGAGGAGAAGUCAGAAGAGGACGAAGACUUCUCUCUGGAGUGAUUCAAUAACUUUACUGACUUUAUAUAUUUCUACAGCCUGGUGAAUGAGAAGAAUGUCUUUGGUGGCGGAUAUUGAUCUGUCAACAUUUUAAUAAUAAAUUAAAAUAAAUCAUUAAUUAUC